CUUACCUUAAAUAAUGAGUUUUUUUGUGCCUCCUUUCAUUCCCGCACCUGAAAAGCAUUGCUGCUUCUCUGGGAGACCCUGUCCUUGCCUCCUGCAGAUGAGGUGGGCUCUGCCGGAUGCCGGGCUGCCUUGCAGGGAAGGAAACAGAAAUCACGUAUGGAAAAGCGUGUGUGUACACAUGGCAUCACCACGCAUGCCUUCCGCUCCGGGUUUGUCCCCGCCAGGUACUGGGAGUGAGCUGCGUAGCAACGCGUUAACUCAUUGUAAAAGUCCGUUCGAUUGCCAUGGGAUUCCAGAUGAGCUAAGGACAGAAAACAAGCAGUGAUUCACAAAUGACUCAUUCCAGCGCUUCUCUCUGGUGCAGCAGUUGCAGCAGGCCCUGUCUGCGUGCACUGAAACGAGCCCCGAGCCGUCCCUGAGCCCACAGUGCCCCGAUCACUUAGUGCAAAGUGAGGAUAGAUGAGCAAGGAGGAGGACGCAGCGCUGCUGCUCCUGAGCAGCUGGUGAGGGGUGGUUUUUCACAUAGCGCUUCUGCAAUGUGACUGUCCGGUGUCAGCCCUGUGCCUGCCUGGGAGCUCCUUUUCAGGGUACUGUGGAGAAACUUCCAUCAACAAGAUAUUCCUUACUUAUGGUGCGCCUACAUCAACCAUGACUACAGAACUAUAUUAAAAUUAAGACAUCAGCUGGAUAUUAUGCAUUGCCCUGAUGCAUGUGUUCUCCAGCAGGAACCAAGAACAGACAGUGAAAUGAGCUGUUUGGAGUGUCUGAUCAGACCUCCUUGCUGGGCUUCACGUGAGACCUUUUAUCCAAGCAGCAAUGAAUGUACUCAGAUAUUGCUUCUUUGCCGUCCUGAUUCUCAGUGUUUCCCUUCCAUUUGUCUUCUACACCAUUAACAUACAUGCACAAAAAUCUCUCAAGAGGCUCAAGAUCUCAGUGAGCUCAACUUUAGUAGAAGACUGUAAAUCACUUAUUGAAGAUAAAGUGUCCUUUCUGAAGGAAAAUGCUUUAAAAACAUCCUUUGGAAAAUUCAACUGCACAGAGUACAUCACACAGAAUCACUAUAUCACCCGGGUGCUGUCAGCCGAGGAGGCGGCCUUUCCCCUGGCCUACAUCAUCACCCUGCACAAGGAGUUUGAGACCUUUGAGCGGCUCUUCAGGGCAGUCUACAUGCCCCAGAAUGUCUACUGCAUCCAUGUGGAUGGCAAGGCACCGGCCGCCUUGCAGCGAGCAGUGCGGCACCUGCUGGGCUGCUUCCCCAAUGCCUUCCUCGCCUCUCACACAGAGCGGGUGGUCUAUGGUGGUGUGUCCCGCCUGCAGGCCGACCUGCACUGCAUGAGGGACCUGGUGGCCUCUGCCGUGCCCUGGCGCUACCUGCUCAAUGCCUGCGGGCAGGACUUCCCCUUGAAGACCAAUCGGGAGAUCAUCCAACAUCUGAAAGCCUACAAGGGGAAGAACAUCACCCCCGGAGUGCUGCCACCAGCACAUGUCACUGCACGCACCAAGUAUGUGCACCGGGAGCAAUUAUAUUCUUUCAUUUCCUUCAUGUUGUCGACGUUUGUGCGCAAGGCUCCCCCACCGCACAACCUGACCCUCUACUUUGGUUCUGCAUACAUUGCGGUCACCCGGCCCUUUGUAGAGUUCGUGCUGCGGGACCCGCGUGCCAUCGACUUGCUGGCAUGGUCUGAGGACACCUACAGCCCCGAUGAGCACUUCUGGGUGACGCUCAACAGAAUCCCAGGUGAGCACACCUUUUGUUUCGCUUUCUGA